AUGGCUGCCGGAGUCGCAGCCUGGAUGCCGAUUGCGCGAGCAGCGGCCAUCGGGUGGAUGCCGGUGGCCAGCGAGCCCAUGCCGGUUCCUCCAGAGGAGGAGGAGGAGGAGGAGGAGGAGGAGAGGAGGCGUGAUGGGCUGAUUGUGCUGAACGUCAGUGGAACCAGGUUCCAGACGUGGCAGGACACGCUGGAGCGGUACCCGGACACUCUGCUGGGCAGCUCGGAGCGGGACUUCUUCUUCCACCAGGAGACCAGUGAGUACUUCUUCGACCGAGACCCGGACAUCUUCAGACACAUCCUGAACUUCUACCGGACCGGGAAGCUGCAUUACCCGCGUCAGGAGUGCAUCUCUGCGUACGACGAGGAACUGGCCUUUUUCGGGAUCAUCCCGGAGAUUAUCGGGGACUGCUGCUACGAGGACUACAAAGACCGGCGGCGGGAGAACCAGGAGCGGAUCCAGGAUGAUGAAGAAAAUGACCAGACCAAUGAGCUGGUGUUUGUGGCUGCCAGUUUCAGGGAGACCAUGUGGCGGGCCUUCGAGAACCCGCACACCUCCACCAUGGCGCUGGUCUUCUACUACGUCACUGGCUUCUUCAUCGCGGUGUCGGUUCUGGCAAACGUGGUGGAGACGGUACCAUGUGGCAGGGUACCCAACCGGGCCAAGAAGAUGUCGUGCGGUGAGAGGUAUGGGCUGGCCUUCUUCUGCCUGGACACCGCCUGCGUCAUGAUCUUCACGGUGGAGUACCUGCUGCGCCUGGUGGCCGCGCCGAGCCGGUACCGCUUCAUGAAGAGCGUGAUGAGCGUCAUCGACGUGGUUGCCAUCAUGCCGUACUACAUUGGCCUGGUCAUGACCGACAACGAGGACGUGAGUGGGGCCUUCGUCACCCUGCGGGUCUUCAGGGUCUUCAGGAUCUUCAAGUUCUCGCGGCACUCUGCGGGACUUCGCAUCCUGGGCUAUACCCUGAAGAGCUGCGCCUCGGAGCUGGGCUUCCUGCUCUUCUCCCUCACCAUGGCCAUCAUCAUCUUCGCCACCGUCAUGUUCUACGCAGAGAAAGGUUCCGGGAGCAAGUUCACCAGCAUCCCCGCCGCCUUCUGGUACACCAUCGUUACCAUGACGACACUGGGAUACGGGGACAUGGUUCCAAAGACCAUCAUGGGGAAGAUCUUUGGUUCCAUCUGCUCCCUGAGCGGCGUCCUGGUCAUCGCCCUGCCGGUUCCUGUCAUCGUGUCCAACUUCAGCCGGAUCUACCACCAAAGCCAGAGAGCUGAGAAGAGACGAGCUCAGAAGGUGAGACAUGUCCCUGAAGGGGUGAGACAUUCAGACAGAGUUGGGUCCAAUGAGAACCUUGUCCAUGUCCCCAGUGGUGGUUCAACAAAGUGCUGUGGUUCUGAUGUCGGGUCAUAUGAUUUGUGUUUGAAGGUGUCCAAAGAAGCAGGCCAGGCCCUGGUAUGUAAGAUGAACCCGAACUUUGAGCUGCAGAAUCAUCACCUGCUGAAAUGUCUGGAGAAAACCACGAACCACGAGUUUGUUGAUGAGAAGGUCUUUGAGGAUAGCUGCAGGGAGAUGAUCCCAGUGAAGCAACUGUCUCACUCUUCCUCCUCGUCCUCCUCACCUCCAAGCGUCUCCUGCUGUGGACACAGAAAGAGGAGAAGGUUCAGUAUUCCAAACUCCAACAUGUCUGUGCAUCUACAGGGCAGCCUGCAGGAGCUGAGCACCAUCCAGAUCCAGGAGCGACCACUGGUCAGCAGUCAAUCCAGUCUGAAUGCCAAACUGGAGGAGAAGCUUCCUCUGAACUGCAACCAGCCGUACCUCACCUCCGCCAUCAUCAGCAGACCCAGGCCCCUGGGGGCCACGCCCGAGGGCAACGAAUCAGUCCGUUCCACCGAUGACUACCAGGCUAGCCUGGUCCGGGUGUCGUCUCUCUGA